AUUCACAAACAGUGUGACCAGAACUACCGAUUUAUCUGUAUUCCUACCGAUUUUUGAUUAGCCUACCGAUUCACAGACGAGCAUCCUGAAACUACCGAUUUUUCAAGAAUCCUACCGAAAAUCACAGAUUUUUCUUAAUAUUACUGAAGAAGUCAUAAAUGUCAAGAAUGAAUUGUGUACAGUCAAUAAAAAACUACAAUUUUCUUCCGAGUUUUGGCUCUUUUUGUGCCGCUGAAAACGACAAAAUUCACAGCAGUUCAACAUUUCCAUUUUCCCUGCGAACCCCCCCCCCCCCCCCCCCGGUCACACGUAUUAGCUGAAGAGAACAUGAGCUGAACAGAAUUAGGAUCAUACCGAUAACUACCGAUAAAUUUUUUGCCUUCCUACCGAUAACGAGGAAAACAAUCUGGCCACACUGAUGAUGACAUUUCUUUUCCUAACAUUUAAUACAAUAUAUUCAUGCUUGUACGUACCUCUCAGUUUCUGCAUAUAUGUGGCACAUACAAUACUGGGGAUAUGUAGGUUUAAUUGUUCGGUAUACCUACGGUAAUAAUAUCCAUAAUUUGCUGUAUUGUUUACGUGCUGAAAUUAUUUAUGUAAUUUGUGGAACUAAGCGCUUCGAGCCUCUAUCGGGUACUUUUGAAGAAAAUAUAUCUAUCAUCAUGGAGAAAAGAAAUCAUGAAAUGCACAGAUUGAAAGAAUAUGAAUCAAUCAUUAGCUCCCAAAAAGAACAUAUUAAUCGUUAUGAAAGUCGGCUAAAGGACAUUAUCGUAGCAUAUAAAGGUUUAGCCAAGGAAAAGGCAGCACUAGAGCAAUCUUUACAGACAUUGAGCACGGAAGGUGAUGAUGGAGCAGGCAAAGUAUCUUUCAGCUUGAAAAACAAUGAACAGUCCGACGCUAAACUACUAGUACCUUCUGCACCGAUCGAAGGACAAGUCCAAAAACUAAUGCAAAAUCUCGCAACUCUCACUGCUGAACGAAACCGUAUCGAAGAAGUGUUGAAAAGUGACAGAAAUCAGCUUCGUCAACAAUUAGCUAACAAAGAUGCGACGAUAGAGGAAUUAACGCGGCGAAUCAGGAUACUAGAAAACCAAUCUCAGCCUGACACAAGCGCUUCGUUUGAUAGUGGUAUUGCGGAACGUUUGCCAAAUGGUGGAAAGUAUGAGGAUCAGUCUUUAAAAAUAAGAGAGCUAAAGAAACUUUUAGACGAUGAACGUAAUUUGAACGAACAGUUGGAGUUACAAUUGGGUAAUCUAAAGACGCAAUUUUUGCUCACCAUCCCGGAUCGGCAGGCAGAACAGAAGAAACGUGCAGAAGAAAAGAACCACAGUUCCAUGCACAGUAACAUUGAAAAGAGCUCAAACAAUUCGAUGAAUUUAAAAGAAUCUUUGCAAGAUUUGCAAAGGGAAAUGAAUAAUUUAAAGAAACAGUAUGCCAUUGCUGUGUCCGAUGAAAAGCAACGGGUAUGUUUGGCGGAAGAAAGCAGUAAACGUUUAAGAGAGAUUCACGAAGAACGUGUGGCAAAUUUUGAAUCCCGCAUACGGGAGCUCAGUGAAAUGGUAGGUAAGUAUGAUCGUUUGAAAGAGCAGGACAAAGCACAUAUUUUACAACUUAAAAACACCAUUGCUCACCUUAAAACGAAGUAUGUAGAAGAACAGAACAGCUUACCUUGCGAUAAUUUUGAUCGCGAAUCCAUAGAAGAUGGAUAUGGAACUCGCCAAGAGCUGUUCGAACUCCAUCUAGCAGAGAGUUCUGACAAAACAGAUUUAAAUUUUCCAUCCAACGUGGUUGUCCAUGACCAGCAUUUGGAUGCUCAAAAUGAGCUGGAAAAUUAUAAAUGGCGUUACGAACAGGCAAUGGGUGAAAACCAACGACUGAAAAAGGAAUUGCUUUUGUGUCAAGAAUGUGUAGCGCAACUGAAGCAAAAACUUGAUUCACAGAAGCAAUCCACUGCCCAGCUGGAAUCUAAGUUGCAGCAAAAAUUAGCCGAUCAGCAGAUGGCUUUUAAAAACGAGUCCGCCAAACAUUCUGAUGCCUUGCAUGCCAUGCAAGCGUCCUUCGAGAGACAAAUCGGACAUCUUCAAGAUUCAUUACAAAAGCAGCGCGAACGUUCACUUGCCGUUAUGGACGAGAAGGAUGAAGAGAUUAAAACACUACGAACGUCACUGGAAAUUAUUUCACUAUCUUCGUCUUCUAUCCGGCAACAGGAUUCCAGUAGUGAUGCUAUGAACAACGUGAAAGAAGAUCGCAUUAAUCGUUGGAAUAGCAGCCAUGAUUCUUCUCCAAUGUUAACAUCAUUCACUUCGUCAGUUGAUGAACACCAACACAUUCUUCAUUAUGCACAGGAAAUUGCACGCAAAGACGUCGAAAUUAGUUCGCUUCGUACAUCAAAGAACAUGUCGGAGGUUACUCUUCGGAAGCUUGCACAGGAAAAGAUAAUGAUUGAGGAAAGAUAUAAAGAGCAAAUAGCUCACAUGGAACGAGACAUUGAACGCUUGCGUAACAAUAACCAGCUGGAAGGAUCAAACCUCGAGUACUUGAAAAAUGUGGUGCUCAGCUUCCUUUUAACGCGAGACAUUGACAGUAAGAAACAUAUGACCAAUGCGAUAGCAGCAGUCUUAAAGUUUGAUACCAAUGAAAUACAAGCUGUUAAUAAUAUCAAACAUUAGCUAGUUAAAUUGGAAUAAAUGUUACAGCUAACAGUAACUUUAUCUAAAAGAUGA